AUGGACGGAAGUCGUGCCACGUGGCACACGGAACCAGCGAUGCCCAAGGCCGCGAGGUGUGUGCGGACCAACUAUUAUGCCAAGGGUCCUGGUCGGAGCGGACCGACACAGACGAGUUUUACCGGAGUGCACCACUUUUCGAUCAAGUUCGAGACUAUCAAGGCCCAAUGGAAUGUGAUUACACUUCUACCCUCGCCACAUGUCAGCUGCCAGCCCAGGCACACGGAGGACCAACAAAUCAAAGAUGACUUGCUGAAGGCACCGAUAACGUUCCACGGCAGCAGUGCCAAGAUUCCGUCGAGGCGAUGA